AUGGACGCGCGCCGCGGGCUCGCCCUCGCCUGCGCGMUCUGCCUGCUGCCAGGGUUCAGCGAUGCCUUCAACGUUGACACCAAGAGGCCCAAAAUCAUCGCGGGCUCCAAGGACGCCUAUUUCGGCUACACGGUGCAGCAGCACGACAUCGGGGGCAAGAAGUGGCUUGUGGUGGGAGCCCCUUAUGAAACCAACGGGCAGCAGAAGACAGGGGAUGUCUACAAGUGCCCGGUGAACGGCAGCACCCACAGCAACUGCACCAAGCUCAAUCUAGGAAGAGUGACGCUCUCCAACGUGUCCGAGCGGAAGGACAACAUGCGCCUGGGGCUCAGCCUGGCCACCAACCCCAGGGACARCAGCUUCCUGGCCUGCAGCCCGCUCUGGUCCCACGAGUGCGGCAGCUCCUACUACACCACAGGAAUGUGCUCCAGGGUGAACUCCAACUUCAGAUUCUCCAAGACCGUGGCUCCCGCUCUGCAGAGAUGCCAGACGUACAUGGACAUAAUCAUAGUUCUGGAUGGAUCAAACAGCAUCUACCCUUGGGUUGAAGUUCAGCAUUUCCUGAUAAACAUCUUGAAAAAGUUUUAUAUCGGCCCCGGACAGAUUCAAGUGGGGGUGGUUCAGUACGGAGAAGACGUCGUCCACGAGUUUCACUUGAACGACUACAGGUCCGUGAAGGACGUGGUGGCGGCUGCGAGCCACAUCGAGCAGCGGGGCGGCACGGAGACCCGCACAGCCUACGGCAUCGAGUUCGCCCGCUCGGAAGCGUUUCAGAAAGGUGGCCGGAAAGGGGCAAAGAGAGUAAUGAUUGUAAUCACAGAUGGAGAGUCGCACGACAGCCCAGACCUGGAGAAGGUGAUCGAGGACAGCGAGAGGGACAACGUCACCCGCUAUGCGGUGGCUGUCCUGGGCUAUUACAACAGAAGAGGCAUCAACCCCGAAGCCUUCCUGAAUGAAAUCAAAUUCAUAGCGAGCGACCCCGACGACAAGCACUUCUUCAACGUCACGGACGAAGCGGCGCUCAAGGACAUCGUGGACGCRCUGGGCGAGAGGAUAUUUAGCUUGGAAGGAACCAACAACAAGAAUGAAAUCUCCUUUGGCCUGGAGAUGUCCCAGACUGGAUUUUCAUCACAUAUUGUGGAAGACGGGAUCCUGCUCGGGGCCGUGGGCGCCUAUGACUGGAACGGAGCUGUCCUCAAGGAAACCAGCAGUGGGAAGAUCAUUCCCCUGCGAGAGUCCUAUCUCCAGGAGUUCCCAGAGGAGCUCAAAAACCACGGCGCCUACUUAGGUUACACCGUCUCGUCCGUGGUGUCGGCCGCGCGCCAACGCAUCUACGUGGCCGGAGCGCCCAGGUUCAACCACACCGGGAAGGUCAUCAUCUUCACCAUGCACAGCAACCGGAACCUCACCAUCCACCAGGCGCUCAAGGGCGAGCAGAUCGGCUCCUACUACGGCAGCGAGAUCAGCGCGGUGGACGUGAACGGCGACGGCGUCACGGACGUGCUGCUGGUCGGGGCCCCCAUGUUCUUCAGCGAGGGCAGGGAACGGGGCAAGGUCUACGUCUACACCCUAAGAGAGGACCGCUUUGUUUCCAGCGGGGCCCUGGACGACUCGCAGGGCUACCAGAACGCCCGCUUCGGCUCCUGCAUCGCCGCCGUCUCCGACCUCAACCAGGACUCCUACAACGACGUCGUCGUGGGGGCGCCGCUGGAAGACGACCACCAAGGAGCCAUCUACAUCUUCCACGGCCGCGGAGAGACGGUCCUGAGGAAAUACAAGCAGAGGAUAGCAGCUGUGGAGCUCGGACCGGGCCUGAUGUAUUUUGGAUGCAGUAUCCACGGCCAGCUGGAUCUGAACGAYGACGGGCUCGUAGACCUGGCGGUUGGCUCCCUGGGGAACGCCGUGCUGCUCUGGUCCCGCGGCGUCGUCCAGGUCAACGCCAGCGUCCGCUUCGAGCCGCCCAAGAUCAACAUCUUCACCAAGGACUGCAAGCGCAACGGCAAGGAGGCCACCUGCAUGUCAGCCUUCGUCUGCUUCACUGCUGUCUUCCUCUCUGCCCACUUCCAGACGGCCAGUGUGGCCCUGCGGUUCAACGCGACCAUCGACGAGCGGAGGUACACGCCGCGCGCCCACCUGGACGAGGGCGCCGAGCGGCACGCGCACAAGGCGCUCACCUUGCUCGCGGGCCGCGAGCGCUGCCACYGCCUCGGCUUCCACGUGCUGGACACAGCUGACUACGUGAAGCCGGUGGCUUUUUCCAUAGACUAUGACCUGGUGAGCCCCGAAGACGGUCCCAUGCUGGAUGACGGGUGGCCGACCUCKCUCAAGGUCUCGGUGCCUUUCUGGAACGGCUGCAACGAAGACGAGCACUGCGUCCCCGACCUGGUCCUGGACGCCAGGAGCGACGUGCCAAGCGCCAUGGACUAUUGCAGGCGAGCUCUGCGGAGGCCGCCGGCCGAGUGCGCCGCUUACACGCUCUCCUUCGACACCUCCGUCUUCAUCAUCGAGAGCACCCGGAGGAGGGUGGCCGUGGAGGCGGCGCUGGAGAACAGGGGCGAGAACGCCUACAGCACCGUGCUGGACAUCUCCUGCUCCGGGAACCUGCAGUUCGCCAGCCUGAUCCAGAGGGACGACAGCGACGUGAACAUUGAAUGCAUGACCGACGAGAAGCUCCCCAACAGGCGGGUGUGCAACGUGAGCUACCCCUUCUUCCGYGCCAAGGCCAAGGUGGCUUUUCGCCUGGAUUUCGAGUUCAGCAAGUCGGUUUUCCUCCCGAGCAUGGAGAUCUCCCUGACUGCCACCAGCGACAGCGCGGAGGACGCGAGCACCGCCGGGGACAACGUGGCCCUGCUCCAGUACAGCCUCAAGUACGAAGCCGACCUGCUCUUCACCAGGACAUCGAGCCUGGGCUACUACGAGAUCAAGGCGAACAGCUCCGUGGAGCGCUACGGCCCCGGGCCCCCCUUCCACUGCACCUUCAAGCUGCAGAACUUGGGCUUCUUCCCCGUGGACGGCGUCACUGUCAAGUUCAUGGUGCCCGUGGCCACGCGGGCCGGCAACCGCCUGCUGCUGCUCACGGAAUUCACGGCCCAGCAGGAAAACGCGACCUGCAACGUGUGGGGAAACAGCACGGACUACCGGCGGGCGCCGGCGGAGGAGGACCUGAGCCGGACCCCCCACCUGAACCACAGCAACGCAGACGCCGUGGCCAUCGACUGCAGCGUGAGCCUGGCGCCCAACGAGGAGCUGCUCUUCCAGCUGCGCGGCCACCUCUGGAUGAAGUCACUGAAGGCACUCCAGUUCAGGUCGCUGAAGCUGACGAUGAGCGCGGCGCUGCAGCGGCGCUUCCGCAGCCCCUUCGUGUUCCGCGAGGACGAGCCCAGCCGCCAGAUAACCUUUGAAAUCUCCAAGCCGGAGGAGUCGCAGAUCCCCAUCUGGAUCAUCCUGGGCAGCACGUUAGGAGGCCUCCUGCUCCUGGCGCUCCUGGUGCUGGCGCUCUGGAAGCUGGGGUUUUUCAAAAGCAGCAGCCGCAAGAGGGACGCGGAGCAGGAGGCGAGCGCCAAGGUGUUGGAGUGA